AUGAGAAGCUUCCUGCGGACCCUACGAGCCUUCUACUCCAAGCCGACCACAUCUCGUCCCCGGACUCUAACACCUAAUUCCCUAUCCUUCGCAGCCCGCACCAUGGCCACCUCCACCGCGCCCGUCCUCAAGCAGCCUAUCAAGCUAGCCUGCAUCCAGCUCGCCAGCGGCCUCGACAAGACGGCCAACCUAGCCCACGCGCGGGACAAGGUCGUCGAGGCCGCGCAAGCAGGCGCUAAACUCAUCGUAUUGCCAGAAUGCUUCAACUCGCCCUACGGCACCAAUUACUUCCCGCAGUACGCCGAGACCCUCCUCCCCGGCCCCCCGUCCCCCGACCAGUCCCCCUCGUACCACGCGCUCUCCGCCAUGGCCGCCGAGACCGGCGCCUUCCUCGUCGGCGGGUCCAUCCCCGAGGCGGAUCCGGACCCCAGCACGAAUAAGUACUACAACACGUCUCUGGUAUUCGGGCCCGACGGCGCGCUGCUAGCGAGCCAUCGCAAAGUACAUCUCUUCGACAUCGACAUCCCGGGGAAAAUCACCUUCCGCGAGAGCGAGGUGCUGUUCCCGGGGAACAAAGUGACCAUUGUAGACCUCCCCGGGUACGGCAAGAUCGCCGUGGCUAUAUGCUACGACAUCCGGUUCCCCGAGCUAGCGACGCUGGCCGCGCGCCGCGGCGCCUUCGCCCUGGUAUACCCCGGCGCGUUCAACCUGACGACGGGCCCGCUGCACUGGCGGCUGCUGGGCCAGGCGCGCGCCGUGGACAACCAGGUAUACGUGGCGCUGUGCAGUCCGGCGCGGGACCUGGAUGCGGCGUACCACGCGUACGGGCACAGCUUGGUCGUCGAUCCGAUGGCGCGGGUGCUGGUCGAGGCGCGGGAGAAGGAGGAGGUUGUGUAUUGGGAGUUGGACGGCGAGAAGAUCCAGGAGACUAGGCGGAAUAUCCCGCUCGCGACGCAGCGGCGGUUCGAUGUUUACCCGGAUAUUAAUGAGGGCAAGAUUAGUUUUGAGGAGCCGAAUCCGCCCAAGUGA